AUGCCUGAUUCGACGGAUCUGUGCCCCAAUUGUCCAGAUACGCCUCCUUCAGAUACUGAAGACAUCAACUGGAUCCAGUGCGAUAUCUGUCGCCAGUGGUUCCAUACUACAUGUAUAGGAACCAAGGAAGAGGAUAUAGCCGAGAUUGCCUCGUACCACUGUGCCAAAUGUGCUAAGAAACAUGGGCCCUCGCAGCUACGAAGGCUCCUGAAACGUGCUAGGGUGAAGAUUGACUAUGUGGCGCUAGAUCAGGGCGAGACGUUUGCAGUCGAUAAGAGCGUGCAUCCUCAUGUUCCCAGCUUUAAGGAAUUCGGGCCUGAGGUGGACCCAAAGGCGAAGAAACAGGUUUAUGUUGAUAUUUUGGCUAGUGACGAGCUUACCAAGGAGUAUGUCUUGGCUACUGGUUUGCCUAGACCGGUUUUGGUGCCUCGAGUGGUGCCUGAAGAAGCUGGAAUGAGCCUACCGUGUAAGCGUGAGGACGUGACUGUCUCCUGGAUUGCUUCUUUGGUUGGCGAAGAAGAGUCUGUUGAAGUUAUGGACGUUCUUUCUCAGCAAAGUGAAUCGCCAGGAUGGAACUUGGGCCAGUGGAAGAAGUACUUCUACAUGCGUGAGAAAGACCGUAUUCGGAACGUGAUUUCGCUCGAAGUGUCUGAUGUUAAGGGUCUUGGCGAUAUAUUCGUGAGGCCACAAAUGGUACGAGACAUGGAUCUUGUGGAUAAGGUUUGGCUGCAAAAUGACACCGAUGAGGAGAGACCUAAGGUCACCACGUACUGUCUAAUGUCAAUUGCUGGUUCGUAUACAGACUUCCACAUCGACUUCAGCGGGACGCCCGUCUACUAUACAAUUUGCCAUGGCAGCAAGACCUUCCUCAUGUACCCGCCCACCAAAGAGAACCUCGAAUUAUACACCAGCUGGUGCAAAGAACCACAGCAAAACUUCACCUGGUUCGGCACUUACAGCAAAAGAAUCAAUGGCAAGAAACUAAUACCCUCUGGAGGUUUCAAGGUUAACCUUGCAGAAGGUGACCUCUUCAUAAUACCAAGCGGCUGGAUCCACUCGGUCUAUACUCCGCAGGAUUCCGUUAUCAUAGGCGGCAACUACCUCACCGUGAAAGAUAUCCCCAUGCACUUGCAGAUCUAUAAUAUUGAAAAAACCACCGGCGUCCCCCUGCGCUACAGAUUCCCCAAAUUCAACCGUGUCUUGUGGCUUACCAGCUAUUACUAUUUAAACCACCAGGAGGAGUUUCUACAAGACUGUCUUUCCAAGGGCGCGGCGAAACCAAACAUGCAUCUGUCUGAGGCUUUGCAGCUGGCCAGCCAAAUAAUAUAUACACUUGUGGCCCACUUGACUGAACAUUACGAGCUCGGGAAAACGAAACCGGUGGCCAAAAAGGCAAUUCCAACAGCUAUAAUCGGCAAAGACGUUCCACAGUUUUUGGAAAAACUCAACAAGUGGGCUGCCCAGAUACCAAGCGUUUAA